AUGGCCUCCCUCAAGACGUGGUUUAUCCCGAAAGAUCAAGGCAGGGAGUACCGCCGAGAUAUCGCAUUCGCCCAUGUUGAAAUCGACCUCAGAAAUCGCCUCGACCAAAACAUAUGGGAAACCGUCCUCGAUUCAGCGUGCCGACAGAUGAUAUUUUACAUCGAUCCUCUGAUAAGCGCAGAGUGUGCCCUGGCAAUGCUGGGUACCGUACACUGGGCCACUGUCAUCUGUGACGCGGUUCCGACAGAUGAGGACAUGAUCAAGUCUAUAGAGCGUGACCUCAAGGAGGAAACAGAGCAGCAGAUAGUGGUCUGUUUCUCUCCUUGGGACUGGAUUCAGGACUUACCCUGGAAGAACAACCAGGGAUUCAGUAUCAGGUCAGCUAAAGAUGAUUCACUCGAGGAUCGAUUAAAGUACUUCGAUAGGAUGCCGCCUAAAAAUGUUCUUCGUUACGAGCCCAAGCAAGUCGAGAGGGAAAACUAUGAGCCGUCUGUCGAGAGAGAAGAUUGCACCAUGCUUCACUUCCCCCCAGGUUAUCGACAUCCCUUCCCUUUAGCCGAAUUCGAACAGAUCCAUCUUUGCCUCACUACGUUCCGCGAACAGACCAUUUUUGAUCCGUAUACAGAGCAAAUGGCACGAAUACGACUGCUGACUUCGGAAGAAGAGCGACGAGAGCAGGUCGCGCUGGCCUUCUGUACCAGCAACGUUCCUCUACGAGUUGCGAUGUACUGUGAUCAGGGAACGAUCGACCACUUCGUGGAGUUCGGGGCCUCUGAACGGCGACUUAGAAUCCACAAUGGUCAUGCUCCAGGCUUCCUUCUGGCUCUUGUCUGUCUCAAGGACUGGGAGAUUGACAGUGAAAAGAUCAUUUCCUGUUUCUUUUCCUCCGACCAGCAAUACUUCAUCUUACGUCCUGUCCGGUAUAACCUCUAUAUGCAAGGUGUCACACGCUAUAUUCCAAAAGGCAGGUCUGACGAGGAUAUCUCCGGAGCAAAGAAGGGAUUUUUUAACCUCCUUGGAACGACACUCCAUGAAAGAACAUCGCUUGUUCAGAAGCUUCUACCCGCCGUUGACUUUGAUCACCGACUUGCUGUCUUUGUCGCCCGGCCAACACAUUCGGCUAAGGUACUCAAGGUCAAGCUGCAACUAGCCGCCAUCCUAGUCACCGGCAUUGAACGGCUGUUCAGCUUUGCUCCUCGAGGCAACAUGCCAUAUGAGGAGUAUCAAAGCUCGCUCGUUAACACCUGUCAGGGCUGGACGUGUCUGCUUUCACACACUGGCGGCAUGUGGCUCGCUGUCGGCUUAUGGAAAGAUGGCACAGCGGCGGUUGAGAGACUCGAUAAGAGUGCUGGUCAGCCGAACGAAAUCGAAAUUCUUGGCACUCCUGUGACGAUGAAUAUUGCAGCUUUUCAUGAAGUCCAGCGGGCACGUACCUCAUUGACAAACGCCUGUGCCCUAUCAUACAUCCCCGUCCUGCCUGACUCGCUCCCUAAGACUGGAGGGCUAAGCGAGUCGGAGUCUGAUGAGAUCCGAGAACAUCUAGCCUGGGCUUACCUCCACCAAGUCGUGCAAACGAAGAGAGCGCGUAACGGCGAGAUAUUCCAUCGAUUACUCAACGGGACCCACGACAUCUACUCCAUCGCCCUACCGCCUUGGACUUUUGACGAAAGCGAUUUCGACGCCUUGCUUGCUGACGAUAUUCCGUACUACAGCGAUGGCUCGCAUGACGACAGGAUCUUUGGCAUCUUUCACGGAAUGUCACGGGAGUUUGCAAUGUCGAACUUUCAUAUGGACGACUGGACCUACAUUCCAGGAUACAUAAUCUGCAAGGCUCAUGAGAACAGCCAGUACUAUGAUCUCGAGGACUUGACAGGCUACUGUCCUCGCGACCCUGAAGAACAAAAAGCGCUUUCGGGGCUUCCUGAGUAG